AGGAGAGAGGCUUCUUGGGCUUGGUACCUUGCUUUCCCCUCAGCUUGCCUCGACACCUCCUCUCGCAAUACCACCAAGAUGGCCUUCGCUGGACGAUGGGAAACUGAAACCCAGGAGGGUUAUGAUGAGUUUUGCAAGCUGCUCGGCAUCCCUGCUGAUAUCAUUGAAAAGGGCCGUGACUACAAACUCAUCACAGAGGUGACCCAAGAUGGUAACAACUUCACCUGGACUCAGAUCUACCCCACAAACGCCAAGGUUAGCAACAAAUUCACAAUUGACAAGGAAAGCGACAUGGAGACCAUUGGAGGAAAGAAGUUCAAGGCCACUGUGCAUAUGGAGGGAGGCAAGCUGAGUGUCACCUUUCCCAACUACCACCACACCUCUGAGAUCAGCGGAGGAAAACUCAUUGAGAUCUCAACUGCUGGGUCUGUCAUGCUGAAGAGAACUAGCAAGAAGCUUUAA